AUGGGUGUCCUUGAUUUCGAACGCCGUUAUGUUUGCUACGAUUACAACUGCAACAGCUCGUGGUACAGCUGGGGGCGUUGGGUGGCCUUUGCCGUUAUUGUCGGUGCUGCGUUUAUAAUCUUUCUGCUUUUUGCCUGUUUGUCGGCCCGCCGCCGCCGUGCUCGCGGUCGCCGUCCCUUCUACGGAACGUCCUGGAUGGCUCCUCCUCCCUACCAGCAGGGCAACUAUCAAUACGCUCCUGCGCCACCGCAAUAUCAAACGCAAGACCCGAACCAAGGCUACUACGCACCACCUCCAGAGCAAGGAUAUUACGCGACCCAGCAAAACGGAAUCGAGCUGCAACAACCCCAACACGCGUACGGAGCUGGAGACCAUGUGUAUGCGCCGCCUGCUGGGCCUCCACCGGCAAAGAACUAG